AUGCGUGUGGCCGUCAUCGGGGCCGGGGUGAUCGGCCUCUCCACUGCCCUGUGCAUCCACGAGCAGUACCACAGCCUGGUGCCCAACCUGGAGAUGGAGAUCUACGCCGACCGCCACACACCCCACACCACCAGCGACGGGGCCGCCGGCCUGUGGCAGCCCUACCUGAACGACCACAGCAACCUGCAGGAGACGGUGUGGAAUAAAGAGACGUUCGAUUUCCUCCUGGGAUACCUGGGCUCACCGGUGGCGAAGGAAAUGGGACUGUUCCUCGUUUCUGGCUACAACCUGUUCACGCAGCCAGUGCCGGACCCAUCUUGGAAGAACAUUGUCCUGGGAUUCAGGAACUUGACACCUAAAGAGCUCGAAAUGUUCCCUGGAUACAGCUAUGGCUGGGUCAACACGAAGCUGAUACUGGAAGGGAGGCGGUACCUGCCGUGGCUCACCAACAGGUUAACGCGGAGAGGGGUGAAGUUUUUCCAUAAGAAGGUGGAAUCUUUCCAGGAGCUGUUUGCCCAGGGUGUGGAUGUUGUCAUUAACUGCACUGGGAUACGCGCAGGGGAGCUGCAGCCCGACCCGGAGCUCCAGCCCGGCCGUGGGCAGGUCAUAAAGGUCGUGGCCCCGUGGCUGAAGCAUUUUAUAAUCACUCACGACCUUGAAUCCUCAAUCUACAACUCGCCAUACGUCAUCCCAGGGAGUGAGUUCACGAUCCUGGGAGGGAUCUACCAGCACGGCAACUGGAGCGAAGAAAACAGCGCCCAGGACCACAAAACCAUCUGGGAGCGCUGCUGCAGGCUGCUCCCCGCGCUCCAGGAAGCGAAGAUCGUAGGGGAGUGGAGCGGCCUGAGACCAGCGCGGCCCCGCGUUCGCCUGGAGCGGGAGAGCGUCCGCCACGGGGGUCUCCGGGCAGAGGUGCUCCACAACUACGGGCACGGCGGCUGGGGGCUUUCAUUGCAGUGGCCAUCACGGAGCAGUAAAUGA